AUGGCUCAACAUUUCCACAUCGCUCAGAUUACCGCCCAUAAACCCAAGGAAUCCAGUAGUCCUUCGACCAUCCUGCAACUCGCUCACCGGCUUCUCCCUUCCCCUGCCGCUACCAAAGAGUUGGAGGAUGGUCUAAACCCGAAAGGACCUGGACAAGUUGUUCAGGAUGUUGUGAGUCAAGAGAAACGAGGGACAUCUGCAAGUGAUGGAAUACCUACCCCGAAGAAAGUGAUCGUAGUCGGUGCCGGCAUCGCCGGUCUUCGUGCUGCCUCUGUCUUGCGAACCCAUGGUGUCCAAGUCGUGGUCCUCGAAGCCCGUCCUGAUCGGAUCGGCGGACGCAUUUACACGAGUAGGAAAGCUGGGCACGCUCCAAGAGACAUUGGUGCCGCCUGGAUGCAUGAAACCGCCAACAACAAACUCGUCCGUCUUAUCGGCCAGCUCAAUAUCGAGCACUAUUAUGACGACGGCACCCCCUUGUACUACACCCGCGAUGGUCGCCUCGGCUCGCAAUUCAAAGCCAAAAAGGUCGCCGAUGAAUUCGCCGACUUCUGUGCCUGGUACUACGAAGAAAAUCCCGAUGCUGAGGAUAAACCUGCCUUGACCUUCAUCAGGGAAUGGCUGAGCAGCCAUCCCUUGGUUAGUGAGGAUGAACGCCUCUGGGCGCCUCAAGCUGCUCGCGAGGUUGAAGCUUGGAUCGGUACCAGUCUCGAGCAAGCAUCUUCUAAACAUCUUGCCUACUUCGCAACCGAACGGAACCUCUACAUGAAAGGAGGAUAUGAUACCAUUAUCGACUGGGCAGCCUCGAACCUCCGUGAGCCGGGAAUCAUCCGACUUGGACACAAAGUCACAAAGAUUGAUUGGAAUGAUGAUGACGGAUCCAACCCGUGUCUCGUUCAUACCGCCACUACUGAUGGGAAACCAGCCACUUUCCUUGCAGACGCCGUUGUCUGCACUCUUCCACUUGGUGUUUUGAAACACAAGCUUGUGGACUUCAGCCCGGCCCUCCCAGGACAACUGUCUCUGGGUAUUGAGAAACUCGGCUACGGAGCUCUUGGGAAGAUCUUUGUCGAGUUCGAAUCAGUGUUCUGGCCCAAAGACAACGACCAGUUCAUCUACUAUCCUGAGCCCACUACCGACGAUUUCGACGAGAAUUCCAUCUUCUCUUACAUGACUGUUACGAGCAACAACUGGAUCAUGAGCGGUACCAAGGAGCUGUCCGUCCAGAUUGUUGAGCCCCUUACUCAGCGAAUUGAAGCCAUGACUUCAGACGCAGAAAUCUACGCCUUUUUCGAACCACUCUUCAAGCUUUUCCGCACCGAGCCUUACAAGAAGCUUCCUCCAGUCGUGAAUCUGGAAACGACACACUGGACGCAGGAUCCCUUUGCUGGCUUCGGUACAUACACUGCUGACAAAACCGGAGAUGACCCGGAAAUUUGGUUCACUGCAAUGGAGAGCAUCAAGGAAAGCAAGCUGCAGUUUGCCGGAGAGCACUGUACGCGGACUGGAAACGGAUGUGUGCAUGGUGCUUUUGCCACUGGCGAAAAUGCUGCCGUCAACAUUCUGACGUCGCUGGGAAUCCCCUACAAUGGUGGAGAUCUCUACAGCAGACGUCCAUCGAGGAGGAAAUCACCACCCAGAGACUGA